AUGGUCAAUCCAGAGAUCAACGCAGGCAUGGACAACAUCGAGGCGUUGCCACCGCAUGUUUUCUUGGUUCUGUCUUAUUCGGUAUCCUCUGACAUCUCGUGCAGACAGUCACCGAAAGUGCAAGAGGCGGAGAAGGCCAUUGGCAAUGGCGAGCUUGAUCCCAAUGUCGUGUACUGGGAGACACGUCAGCAGAAAAUCAAGCGCCAGCUGCUGUGGCAUCCUGCAGACAUCAUUUGCGUCCAGGGCAUCCAGAGCAUCGGAUACAGCGAUCGUUGCAGCGAGACUCACGGAGAAUGGUUCAGUUGCGACGAAGAGCCUGUUAUGAAUCACCUUGUGCACUUGUACAGAGACCUUGCCAUGAAGAAUUAUGGUGUGGCAUUUUCGCCGACGAUAAAGCUUCCAGGGAGCACGACAGUUUGCCUGGGCAAUGCUGUGUUUUGGAAGCGCUCCAGAUGGCAGUUGAAGAAGUUCUGGGCAAUGCCGAACUGCGCGGUUUGCACAGAGCUGACCUCGCGCACCAAGUGCCCUGGCCUGGUGGUUUGCUGCAGCAAGUCGCCGGGAGUCUACGCGAUCGAAUGGGGUGAGCAGCUUGGCAAGGAAGUGCUCUUGAAUGAGUCGUGGCCUAAGGAUGGGCCCAUUUGGUGCGGCGAUUUCGGCCUUAGUGCCAAGGUUACUGGAUUGCAAAGCAGUGGCAUGGCCCAG